AUGGUCCCUGACUGUGCUGACCCUGCAGACCCCACCCAUGUCCACCCUGCCACCAUGCAGGUUGACACCCAUGACACCUUCUCCACCUUCGCUGACUCCACCGACCAGGCCACCCCCAUUGACUCCUCCGCCUGUGCUGCUGAAGCCGAUCUCAAGAACAGGGACCAGUCCAAAUAUGACCCUAAGAUGGAAGAGGAAUUUCGCCUCUGGAUCAAGGGAUUCACAGGCACAUCUACUGGUCCCAAUUUUCAAGAGGAUCUGAAGGAUGGAGUUAUCCUGUGCACACUCAUGAAUAAGCUGCAGCUGGACUCAGUUGCUGGGUUUCAAAAGUUUUGCCAGAGAGACAACCUCUCCAAAUUCAUCGAAGCCAUGAAAAACUACGGUGUGAAAAUUGAGGACCUCUUUGGGUCCAAUAACCUGUGUGAAAAUGAGAAUAUGUGGCUGGUGCAGGUGUCUCUUCUGGCUCUGAAAAGGCAGGCCAAGGCAAAGGGGCAGCAGUGUGGCACAGAUACCUAUGACAAGUACUCAGAGAAGCAGGAGAGGAACUUUGAUAAGACCACUAUGAAAGCAGGCCGGUGCAUCAUCCAGACCCAGAUGGGCACCAAUCAGUGUGCCAGCCAGUCGGGCAUGACGGCUCCCAGCACCCAGCACCACAUCAAUGACACCACACUGGGGACUGACAAAUGUGACAACUCUUCCAUCUCUGGGCAGAUGGCCUGCAUGCAGGGUGCCAACCAGAACAGCCAGGACAUUGGCCUGAACCAGCAGAUAUAUGACCACAACUACUGCCAACAAGGCCCAGAUGAGGCUCCAGGAUUGGCUGAUGAAUUUCCAAGCCCAGGGAAGGCCCAAGAGUAA